ACAGCUCAGCUCAUCUCCAAGCCGGCUUUUCGAACCGAAAACGGUGCAUUCGCACAUGAUGAGAAAAUAACAUCAACGCCCAAAAUGCAAUAACAAAUAAACCAAAUAAUCAACAGACGAACACAAAUCCAUUUGCAUCCUUCCUUCUCUCUCUCCCUCUCGCGGAAUUUUUGCUACGAAUCUAAUCGCUUUCUAAUUAUUGUUUUCUUUCAAUUUUCUCGUUUUUUUGUCGGCAACAUUCAAUCGCACCCGCCAUUGGAGAGUUUCGUCAUCUACAACGAAUUUCUGAUUUUGUUGAGAAUCUGAUCAUCGAAUAGGAGCAGGUGGAAGGCUUUAGGCUUGAAAUAUUAUUGCUAGGGCGCAGAGUUGAAGAAUAUAUUCAUAUUUUCUCUAUAAAUCUGGAUUUUCGAAGGGACCGAGGAAAUGUCCUCCCAUAAAGGUGAGCAUCAAACGGUCCCGUUAUCGGUGUUGCUGAAGCGUGAAUUGGCAAAUGAAAAGAUCGAGAGGCCGGAAAUUGUUAGUGGUCAAGCCAACCAAUCCAAAAAAGGGGAAGAUUUUACACUCAUCAAGAGCGAAUGCCAACGCGUAUUGGGAGAUGGUGUUACUACGUAUUCCGUUUUUGGGAUACUUGAUGGCCAUAAUGGGGCUGCAGCAGCUAUUUAUACCAAGGAGAAUCUUUUAAACAAUGUCUUAAGUGCUAUUCCAGCAGACCUUAACCGAGAAGAAUGGAUUGCAGCUUUGCCUAGGGCUUUGGUAGCCGGGUUUAUAAAAACAGAUAAAGAUUUCCAAGAAAAAGGUCAACUGUCAGGAACAACUGUGACCUUUGUAAUUAUUGAAGGAUUCAUUGUUACUGUAGCAUCAGUUGGUGAUUCCCGCUGUAUACUUGAAUCUGCAGAUGGGAGCCUAUAUUAUCUAUCAGCAGAUCACAGAUUUGAGGACAAUGAAGAAGAGACAGAACGUGUCACUGCAAGUGGUGGUGAGGUUGGUAGGCUAAAUACAGGUGGUGGUACGCAGAUUGGUCCUUUGAGAUGUUGGCCUGGUGGCUUGUGUCUUUCAAGAUCUAUUGGAGAUUUAGAUGUUGGAGAGUUUAUAGUUCCUGUUCCUUACGUUAAGCAAGUCAAGCUGUCAUCUGCUGGUGGAAGGCUAAUCAUUGCAAGUGAUGGUGUAUGGGAUGCUUUAUCAGCGGAAGCGGCUCUAGAAUGCUGUCGUGGAAUGCCGCCAGAUGCAGCCGCCGGUCAAGUUGUUAAAGAAGCUGUACAACCGAAAGGAUUACGUGAUGAUACAACGUGCGUGGUGGUUGACAUUCUACCAGCGGAAAAGACGAAUCCGCCCCCCAUGCCCCAACACAAGAAGAUGACAAAAGGAGUAUUUAAAGUGAAAACUAUUUUUAAGAGAAAAAGCACCGAGUCAACAUCUCAUAUUGGUGAAGAAUAUCUGGAGCCAGAUGUAGUGGAGGAGCUCGUAGAGGAAGGAUCCGCUAUGCUUUCCGAAAGGUUUGAUACAAAAUACCCGCUUUGUAACAUGUUCAAACUGUUCACAUGUGCGGUUUGUCAAGUGGAAAUGAAACCUGGUGAGGGUAUUUCAAUACACGCGGGGGGAUCAUGUAACACACGCAAUUCAAGACCAUGGGAUGGCCCUUUUCUUUGUGUAACUUGUCAAGAGAAACGAGAAGCCAUGGAAGGAAAAAAUCAUUCUGGAAAUGGGCGAUACAGUAGUGGAAGUGAAUAGGCAGGCGAUAUUUGGAGCUGAGUAUAUAUAUAUAUGGAAACACCAGAAGGUUAAGUUCCUUUCGCGAGCUUUUUUAAAUUUAAUUUUUUUAUUUAUGGGAUAUGAACAUCUUAAGCUAUAAAAUUAAUCAGAUUAGGGUUAUUGUUAUUAUUAUUAUUAUUAUUAUUAUUAUUAUUAUAUUAUGUAGUUAAAAGUAUUUUCCCUAACUCCGUGUUGAUAUAGCAAGAACGUGUAAGUUAAUUUAUACAAUUAUGAAAAGUCUGGUAAAAGAAUUUGGAAGUUAUUCAUUUUUGUAUACCAUUUAGUAAGAUCUAUUGCUCUCAUAGUGGAAACAGUUGUAAGAUUGAUUGUGUAUGAUUCUUGGGAUUUAAUUUAUUGAAAUUAAGAAUUGAUUUGGGAA